GAAGGUCGUCUGGCGGUGUCUAACCCCUAACCCCUAUUUCAUUCUCGCUUAGCAGCGGGGUCCUUGCACACGACAUGGCAUCUACAGAAGUCAACACUUUGUUCUCCGUUAAGGGAAGAGUGGCUCUGGUCACAGGAGGUACAAGUGGAAUUGGAUUGAUGAUUGCAAAAGGGCUGGUCACGAACGGAGCGAAAGUCUAUGUUUGCGGAUUACCUAAUGACCUGAUUGAAGAAGCAGUCCAUGAACUAAACACUCUGGGUGCUCGCUGCGGAGGGACUGCAAUAGGCUUCUCCUGUAACUUGACAAGCAAAGAGGGAAUUCUACAAACCUCAAACAAGAUCCGGGAGUCCGAAUUCAGCCUCGAUAUCCUGAUAUCCAACGCAGGGAUACGUCGAGAUCCACCACAAUCAUGCAACGUUCUGACAGCACCUCUCUCCGAGCUGCAAGCCUCCCUUUGGUCUUCCGAGUACGAGGAUUGGACACAGUCGUUCCAAGUCAAUACUAUGGCGCACUAUUACCUUUCGGUUGCCUUACUCGAUCUACUUGCCGCAGCAGGAGAUCUGCAAAUGCCAGACGGCAGCAAAGGUCGAGAUCAUGGAAGAGGAGUGGUGGUAAUCACUAGCUCAAUCGCGAGUCUACAUAAUGCUACGAAUGUAGAUAUGAUGAGCUAUGCGACGACAAAAGCAGCUACUGAUCAUUUGGUCUCAUUGCUUGCAGCGAAAUUCUCGAGGUGGUAUGUGCGAGUUUGUGGCAUCAAUCCUGGGUUUGUUCCGAGCAAUAUGAAUCCUAUGGGCACAGGUUCUGGAUCAGAUAUCUUUGGAGAUUUGGUACAAAAGGCGCCAGCGAAGAGAGCGGGGGGAUUGGAUGAUUUGGCGGGGAUUGUGUUGUUUCUUGUGAGCAAAGCGGGGGCGUGUGUCCAUGGGAGGAGUAUUGCUAUUGAUGGGGGACGAACACUUUUUGCGAAUGGGCAGGACUAAAUUUGUACUGAAUGAGAGCCAUGGUGUUAAUUUAAUUUCUAUUUCUUACCCGAUUUUUCUAAACCACUACACCAUAAGACUACAAUUCCACAGAAUUCACUGCG